AUGGGUAGUAAUCGUGCUAAGAAUAAGCAAGCCGCACCACCAAGUCUAGACGACUUUCAAUCCAGAAAGUCUAAGAAAACAGACCAAAAGCAUAAGGGCAAGAGAAAGGAUAGCGAAUCCAGCGGAAAGAAACACAAGAGAAAGGCUGACGAUGGAGUUGCCACAAAGAGCAAGAGAAGCAAGUUUCAGAAAGUGGUGAAAGAAACGCCAGAGGAAGUUGUCGAAGAAGAAAAAGAAGUCGAACAGUCGAUAGUGCCCAAUGAAGAGGUGGAGCUUCCAGAAGUAGACCUGGAGGCACUUUCUAAAGCAAAGAAGUCUCUUUUCGAUGAUGAAGAAGAAGGAAGUGAAGACAUCGACGAAGAUCUACAAGACGAGUUCGAUCUAGAACAGGAGUAUGAAGGUGAAGAUGACGACGAAGAACAAGGCGAACGUCCUAUUUUCUCAGAUGAUGAAGAUGCGGAUGUGGAUGAACUAAAUGCUGCCAACAUGGAAGCACUUUCCGUGAAGUUGGAUCAAGAACAAGCAUUGGAAGAAGAAGAGGCAGAAGCCGAAAUUGCGGAUGCCGCGCAAUUGCAGCCAAGAGCUCAAGUUUUGCCUACUCCAGAAGAAGAGGAAGCUCUAGCCGACCAGCCUGUCAAUCUAACCUCCGUGAGAACGCGUAUGAUCGAAAUCGUCAAAGUUCUAGAAAACUUUAAGAUCCUUGGUGCUGAGGGUCGUUCGAGGAGUGAAUACGUGGACCGUUUGAUCAAAGAUAUCUGCGAAUACUUCGGUUACUCACCAUUUUUGGCUGAUAAACUAUUCAAUCUCUUUUCACCUACGGAAGCCCUCGAGUUCUUCGAAGCCAAUGAAGUUGCAAGACCAAUUACAAUCAGAACCAAUAGUUUGAAAACUAGAAGAAGAGACCUGGCCCAAACACUAGUAAAUCGUGGUGUAAACCUGCAACCCAUUGGUUCUUGGACCAAAGUUGGUUUGCAAAUUUUCGAUUCUCAAGUACCAAUUGGUGCUACUCCAGAAUAUUUGGCAGGUCAGUACAUUUUACAAGCUGCUUCUUCUUUCCUACCGGUAAUUGCAUUAGAUCCUCACGAAAAUGAGAGAAUUUUGGAUAUGGCAGCUGCCCCAGGUGGUAAGACAACGUACAUCUCGGCAAUGAUGAAAAACACUGGAUGUAUCUUUGCCAACGACGCCAACAAAGCCAGAACCAAAUCCCUUAUUGCUAACAUUCACCGGUUGGGUUGCACAAACACUAUAGUUUGCAACUACGAUGCCCGUGAAUUUCCAAAGGUUAUUGGUGGAUUCGACAGAAUUCUACUAGAUGCCCCUUGCUCAGGUACCGGUGUCAUUGGUAAGGAUCAGUCUGUUAAAGUCUCUCGUACUGAAAAGGAUUUUAUGCAGAUCCCUCACCUACAAAAGCAAUUGCUCCUCUCGGCCAUCGACUCAGUCGACGCUAACUCUAAGACUGGCGGGAUUGUCGUUUACUCCACCUGUUCGGUUGCAGUAGAAGAAAAUGAAGCUGUAAUUGACUAUGCCCUUAGGAAGAGACCAAAUGUCAAACUCGUUGAUGCUGGUUUAUCGAUCGGUAAGGAAGCAUUUGUCAGUUAUAGAGGUAAGAAGUUUCACCCCAGUGUCAAGCUAGCAAGAAGAUACUAUCCUCAUGUCUAUAACGUCGAUGGUUUCUUCGUAGCUAAGUUUAAGAAGGUUGCUUCAUCCAAGCAUGAUGACAAUCAAGCCAAUGCUAGAGAAAAAGAAAAUGCUGCCAGACAAGAAGCUCUCGAAGAAGGUAUCAUUCAUGGCGAUUUCGCUGAUUUCGCUACUGAGGAGGACGAAAAGUACAUCGAAAAAUCUAGGAAAAUUGGACUUCUAAAGAAGGGUAUUGACCCUAAGGCUGAAAAAAACAAGAAGGCGCCUAAAAACAAAACUAACAAAUCUGCAUAA